AUGUUAGCAUCACAAGUGCCUCAAAUACUUGCGGCUGUAUUCGAAUGCACGCUAGAGAUGAUCAACAAGGAUAUGGAGGCGUUCCCAGAGCAUCGCACAAACUUCUUCCAACUUAUUCAUGCACUAACUGUGGAAUGUUUCCCUGUUUUCCUUGCGUUGCCUCAGGAACAACUCAGUUACAUCAUCGAUGCUGUGGUAUGGGCAUUCCAGCACUCAAUGCGAAACGUUGCUGAAAUUGGUCUCGAUAUCCUGAAGGAUAUGUUAGAUCGAGUAGAACAUCUUCCACGUGAUCAGUCACAACCGUUUUAUAAACGAUUCUACAUGCAAAUUCUCCAACAUGUGCUAGCAGUUGUCGCGGAUAGCAGUCAAGUCCAUGUAGCUGGCUUGACUUACUAUGCCGAAGUCCUAUGUAGGCUGUUCAAAGCAUGUGAAUUCCUGAUCACUGUGCCUCUCAACGAUGAGAAUCCCAAACAAAGCAACGUUGACUACAUCUAUGAGUACAUCGCUAGCAUAUUUGUACAGCAUUUCACUAAUCUUACAGAGUGA